AUGGCUGGCCAAAUCUCCAUGAUCGCUAUUCCUCCAUCUAUGCCAUUGCACAUGCCGCCUCAGCCGGGAUUCCAGGCACACGACAAGCGGGCCCCCAAGAAAGAGCAAGAAUCUCCUGCAGUUCAUCCAAAUUUGGAAACUCGGCGACUUGCCCCAUGCGACCCGCCCGACCGGUCGAAUCCAUCGUCCACGACCGAACCUUUCUCUAGUAACAAGAAUAACGAUGCACCGACGUCUACUGCUCCGCCAGCAUCUUCUGGUCGCGCAUCCGACGACACUAGCCAAAACAUAUCCGAUCAUCAAUGGCUCAGUGAAGCCGGAUACACCAUUAAAUUGCCUUCGAUUCCCGCUUUCACUAGUACCGAUUAUGAAAGCGGGAUCAUUCGCGAAGUCCACCAUAUCAUCAUCUGUGCUUCGACUAUUUAUUGCAUCAGUAUCUUGCAUCGGAUGGCUUUUUCGACCUGGUCAUGGCUGCAUUCUUUAGAUGUGCUGUGUUGGUCGACGGCCACCUUAGCGACGUGGUGGCAUCCUUCCGAAACCUCCUGGCGUCGAUAUCUUCACAUUUUGCAGCUGAUCGCCCUGAUCACCCUGGUAUUGCAUGUGGUUCAGGUUUGCGUUUUUUGGAAAUGGCGUUGUUCUUAUGGUAUGCUCCCCACCGCCGUCUCAGUGGUCCUCUGUUAUAUUGCUCGACGUAUGUACAACGUCAAUGAUCAACAAGCGGAUUUGAUGCACAAGCAUUGGCAGCAUCAACAGACAGUAGCGCAUAAUCGAAUGAAAGAGACGUUCAAUAUCGUUAUGAGCGAUCGACAAGCGUUUUUCGAAACGAUUGCUCAGGAGAUCCAGGAUACCGCCUUCAUGACCACGAGUUUACUGGAUCAAUUUUCACCCAGCAUGGUGCUCAACAAUAUCCAUGAACUGUUAAGCGCUUGCUCCAUCGCUAUUCCUAUUGCCAGUAUUUCUGCCGUCAACACCGCCAUCCACCAAAUCUAUCAUGUCAGUAGUAACCUGUAUCUCAUGUCGAAGUUAUUACGCCAAAGCCGCGAAGCCAUGACAGCUCCAGCGGACGUUGUUCGAAGCACAGCGCGACAGCAAUUUGAUCUCGGCGAUCUCGUUCAAAGCAUCGGCGAUACCAUGGCCGGAAUGGCCCUGAAGUUUGAUGUCCAUCUCGUGGUGAACCAUUGCGAUAAUGGGCUGUACUAUGCCAACGUUCUCGGAGACGAAGGCGCUAUCAAACAUGCAGUGAUCAACCUUGUUCGAAACAUCCUGGAAGGCUGCACCCCGGGUGCUUGCAUCGAGUUGGGUCUCAACGUUGCUGCUAUUGAAUCGUCUUCCAAGUUUGAUGUGACCAUCGAGAUUAUUCAUACCAUGUCGCCUGCCAUUCCCCUGGGCUUGAAUGCCGCUCUCUUACCCAAUGCCAACUUUACCGUCCAUUUGCUAGAAUAUAUUGGCGCUUCACUCUCCACUGAAGCGUUGGGUGACAAUCGCACCAAGUUUGAUAUCAAGUUGACCAUGGAGGCGGGCGAGAUCAUCGGGCAUCGCCCGUUGCACAUUGAUCGACCUUCGCAGAUGCUGGACAAACAUUUGGACGACAUUGAGUACGCGAAUGAACCGUCUUCCAAAGAAUUGCUGGAUUUCAUUGGUACCUUGAAAGGGUCCAAGAUGGUAUUGCAUGCGCCCGAGCAGAGUAUUUUUGCCAAACAUCUAACCAGCUGCCUGGCCAGCUGGAAUGUCGAUAUCAGCCAUAUCCCGGUAUCGGGCUUCAAUGAAUCCCACCAUGGAUCUGAUACCUCGACCGACGCGACGAAACACGACUUCAAUUCCGACGCUACCUCGCCCAAUGGGUCCUGCGCUUCACGGCAUUCCAGUAUUUCAUCGUCCGUUUCCGAAGCACGGUCCAUCGCCUCGGUUUUUUCCAAUCGAUCUUCCGCAGGCAGUGCCAAAGUUCCGUCGCCCGCCAUCGAAGAAGAACACUUGCACUCCAUCCCUCCGGCUUUUAUCCUGAUUGAUGAUGAUAUACUGUCAUUGAAGCGAAAAUUGCGGGAGUGCUAUGGCACGCCUGCAAGCCAUGUCGGCACCCAUCCUUCUCCGGCGCGCGGUCAUCGAUCGCUCAAGAGUAACAUAAAAUCGCAUGGUCAUCAGGCAAUGACCACCGGCAUCAUCUUCUUCACUUCGCUAAAGAACUUUAAAUACAUACGCGAUACCAUCCAUUGGCUGUCCAUGUUGCCAAAUUACCACCCGGCUUCCACACCUCGUGUCGUGGUCGUCCCGAAACCGGCCGGCCCACGACGUUUCUUGACAGCCUUGUAUACAGCGGCCAAAAACGUGAUUGUCGAGCCCCAGUUCAUUCCCAUCGCUACCUCACCGGUGAGUCCGGUGGUGACGCCGUUGUUAAACUCUUUGGGACCGACGACGCCUUCACAAGAAAUGUGGACCCUCGGUCGCAAUAUGCAUGGACGACCACGACUUACGCCUGGUCCAGCUACAACCGACAAUGUCACUGAACGCGACAACUAUUUCGCCAACCACCGAAGAACAAGCAGUGCCAGCACCCCAGGCCGACUAGGCAAUGCGUCAUCCGUCGCCUCGUUGGCCCAAGUCAACCAACCAGCGUCCAACAGUGUUUCGUCUCAGGGAAGUACCGCUUCCGCUUCGUCCACUGCGUCGGAUUCGAGCAAACGCCGUUUGCGAUCUCACAGUGGCGCGCAUGCCAGUGGACGACGAUCAUUUUUGGAAAUGACGCAUUCGGCCUCCACGGCUCCACCCCAACCACCCCAAUCCCCCAAGGAACCGCGGUCACCUCACCUGAGUAAUACCACAGAUCGUAUGCGAAGAAUGAGCAGUUUCACACUUCAGUCGCCCAGGUCGUCAACAGCAGAACAGGAAGAAACUUACGGGACGGAAAAUGACAAUGGAGAAACGAAGGGAACCGAAAAGGAUCUACCGAAAGAUGAAGCAAAUAAAACAAACGAGGUACCGUCCCCAGAGCGGCCGGAGAUGGCUGAAGUGUCGGCGUCAGACAGUAUGGUCAAUCUAUCAACGUCUACUCCUGCCCCGAGCGCAGAAACCGACAAAAAUCAUCAAAGUCGCUUCAAGCUUAGCAACCGUAAACGAAAAGCUAAAAACAACACGGCCAACAAAUCCAACAGUCCGCCUAUCAAUGUGCUUAUUGUCGAAGAUAAUAUGAUCAAUCAAGCUAUUUUAUCCACCUGGAUGAAGAAACACAAGAUCAAAUGUUCGGUAGCGAGCAAUGGUCAGGAAGCCGUGGAUAAAUGGAAAUCGGGAGGAUUCCAUCUCGUGCUGAUGGAUAUUCAAUUGCCGGUAAUGAAUGGCUUGGAUGCCACGCGAAUGAUUCGCACGAUUGAACGGGAGCAGAGAACGGGUGUUUUACCCAUGACGCAAGGUCAAGCGAAAAAAAUGAUUCAAGAAAAUAUUGACGGAAAGAAGGCCAAGGAUAGUUCUGCUGGCGCGUCGUUGUCGAUGCCUUCUGUCUUCCGGUCGCCCGUCAUUAUCGUAGCGCUUACAGCGUCGUCCCUGGAAUCCGAUCGACAAGCGGCGCUGGCAGCGGGGUGUAACGACUUUCUAACCAAGCCUGUGAGUCUGGAAUGGCUGGAGAAAAAGAUCACCGAGUGGGGAUGUAUGCAAGCCUUGAUUGAUUUCGAAGGAUGGAGAAUGUGGAAACGAUCGGCAGAUGCGGCAUUGGCGUCGGCCAACCAGCGCGUCACCGCAAUAGAGUUGUCGGCGAAUGCCGCUAAAUCCGAGAACGCGGGUGCGGCUAACCCUGAAAAAGAGCAGCCCACCUCUGCCAAGACAACAAGUGCAAGGAAAGGAGUUUUGUUACGAGGCGCUUCGGAGUUGGUACAAAAACGACGAACGUCUUCCAUGCUGGGCGAAAAGGCCAUCAGUCGUUUACAAAAACUCCAGUCCGUUAAAAGUUGCCCCGAAACCAAGUUUGUUACCAUGGCUGUUUCAUCUCUCGUUCAGGAAAAGAAUGCAGUGCAGCAGGAGGCGGCGGGGUAGUGUGUGUAUAUGUUUAUUACGGUUCUUUCCUCCAUUUCACAAUAACCCCACGUGGUUUGUACAAUAUCGGCGAUGAGAUGCAGUUAGUUCUUCUUCCCUUUAUGCAUUUACAUUUUUUUUUUUUACAUGUUGAUUUUUUAUUCGUUAGUCAUAUCUACUUUUUUUGAAUACA